AUGAGGAACAUCUUCAACUCCAAAAAAUCCUCCUCCCCCAGGAACCCGUCGACAGGGCCCGACCACACCGACACACCGGGCAACCCACCUGCGCACCAGCGUCACUUCUCCGUCGGCUCGGACCCAGCGUCGCCUCUGCGACCUUCUCCUUCUGCACACAACACCGCCAGAUCGCCCCCGAAGAAGCCGUCGGCCAGCCCCUCCCCCGCGCCGCCCUCUCCUCGAGAUCGCGAGCAAGCCUCCAAGUCUCGGAGCUCUCGCACCUUUGGUAGGCACUCUACCGACCCAGGGUCCUCGUCGCGGCGCAAGAAGGCCGACCUUGACACCCACCCUCUAAACCUCCCUCCGGACGAGUAUAAACGCUUGUCCGCCUUAUCAAACAUGAGCCAGCGGAGUUCUUUCGACAAAAUGGAUGUGGACAGAGAAACGGCGAGCUCGCCGCCUGCCCCGGGCCCGCAAGCGUCCUUCUCCGUACCCGUCACGGCCUCAACAAACGGCACCAAGGAGACGCCAAAGCCUUCCAAGAUCAACACCAACGGUGCCGGACCUGUCCCGCCUCCCCACAAGUCGAACCCUUCGAGCCCUGUUCCUACCACCGAGGAUGAGGCAGAGUCGUACAAGGCUGCCGGCAACAAGUUCUUCAAGGAGAAGGAUUACAGAAAUGCCAUCAUUCAGUACACCAAGGCGAUCGAACUUGUGCCAAACUCGGCCGCUUAUCUUGGCAACCGUGCUGCCGCCAACAUGUCGAACGGGUCAUAUGAGGCAGCUCUGGAGGACUGCUCACGAGCAGUUGACCUUGAACCCACUGAAGCCAAGUAUCUCCUUCGUCUUGCGCGUAUCUACACAAGUCUUGGUCGCCCUGACGAGGCCAUGACUACCUUUGGACGAAUCCAGCCUCCCCCUUCGGCAAAGGAUACCGCCGCUGCCAAGGAGAUGCAAAUGCAUAUUUCGGCAGCCCAAGAUGCCCUCGAGAACGGCACCAGUGGUUCCAUGGUAUUGCACGCACUUGACAUGGCAGAGCGCCUCCUCGGCCCCCGCGCAUCGAAGCCUCGCAAGUGGCAACUGAUGAGAGGCAACGCAUACCUUAAGAUGGGUGGUCUCAACUCUUUGGGCGAGGCUCAAAAUGUCGCCAUGUCCUUGCUUCGCCAGAACAGCCAAGACCCCGAGGCGCUCGUUCUCCGCGGUCGUGCUCUCUACUCGCAAGGAGACAACGAGAAGGCAGUCCAGCACUUCCGCAAAGCACUCAGCUGUGACCCUGACUUCAGAGACGCCGUCAAGUGGCUAAGGACAGUACAAAAGCUGGACCGCAUGAAGGAGGAUGGCAACACAGACUACAAGGCUGGCCGGUUCCAGGAUGCUAUUGACAAGUACACUUCAGCCUUGGAGGUGGAUCCUACCAACCGUGGCACGAACUCGAAGCUGCUUCAAAACAGGGCGCUUUGCAACCUCAAGCUGAAGCAGUAUGACCUUGCCAUUGCGGAUUGCGAUCGUGCCAUUAGCUUGGAUCCGCAGUACCUCAAGGCUCGCAAGACAAAGGCGAACGCUUUGGGGCAAGCUGAAAGGUGGGAAGAUUCAGUACGCGAGUGGAAGUCCAUCCAGGAGCUCGACCCUGAGGACCGCACAAUCGUGAAGGAGAUCCGCAGGGCUGAGUUGGAGCUCAAGAAGAGCCAACGCAAAGACUACUACAAGAUUCUCGGUAUAUCCAAGGAUGCCGAUGAGAACGCCAUCAAGAAGGCCUACCGAAAGCUGGCCAUUAUCCACCACCCCGACAAGAACCCCAACGACGAGAACGCAGAGGCCCGUUUCAAGGAUAUCAGCGAGGCGUACGAGACGCUCAGUGAUCCUCAAAAACGUGCCCGCUUCGACAGUGGUGACGACCUGAUUGACCCAGCCGAUAUGUUCGGCGGCGGCGGUAUGCAUGGUGGCAUGCACGGAGGUAUCGACCCGGAGAUCAUCUUCAGCAUGAUGAAUGGCGGUGGUGGCUUUGGCGGCGGCGGCGGUUUCCCCGGUGGUGGUGGUGGUUUCCCUGGCGGCGGUCGUCAACGCGCACAGGGUUUCCCCCAGGGCUUCCAUUUUGGCUGA